CCCAUUACCUAUCCAAAGAGAUUGAGAUCGAAACAAAAACCCUAACCCUACCAAUGCGCUACCCAUAUAUAACCGUCACAAAAUUUUAAUGGAACCUGCCAUUGUUUAGCUGCUGCAGCUCCUUUCUCUCUCACAGUCUAGUAAACCCUAGAAUUUUCUGCAAACAAUGGCGGCCUACGGAAUGAAACCAACUAAGCCGGGUUUGGAGGAGCCGCAAGAACAGAUUCACAAGAUUAGAAUCACUCUCUCCUCCAAGAAUGUGAAAAAUCUGGAGAAAGUCUGUGCGGAUUUAGUUCGUGGUGCCAAGGAUAAGAGGUUGAGGGUUAAGGGACCUGUGAGAAUGCCAACCAAGGUUCUUCACAUUACCACUAGGAAGUCUCCUUGUGGUGAAGGAACCAACACUUGGGAUAGAUUUGAGCUUCGUGUUCACAAGAGAGUUAUUGACCUCUUCAGCUCCCCUGAUGUGGUGAAGCAGAUCACUUCCAUUACAAUUGAACCUGGUGUUGAGGUGGAAGUUACUAUUGCCGAUUCUUAAAUUUUGUCAACUUCCUUUCUGGCACUGUUUAGUUUUAGUGAAUCAGAUUCAAUCAUCCCUUCAUGUCAUAUUCUGCUUAAAAUAUAAUUGUUAAGAUUUAAUGUUUUUAAUGGUUGUUGUAGGUGAAAACUUUAGCUUGUUUUUGCCAUUUUAUUUUUAACGUUAACGGUAUGCUCUAUGUUUUGUGGAGAGGGAUUUUGUUUGCAUGCAGUUUUCUUUCUUUAAGUUGAUAUUUUGGAUGUUUAAUUUUGAUAUAAAGUAUUAUUUCAUCA